AUGAGUCGCGACCCGUCUCCUGAGAGACUUCUGCUCGCUUCGACCUCAAUUCCUCUUGCUCCAGAUUCUCUCCCUAUCCUUUGUCCUAUUCCUCUCGAUAGCAAUCCUACCAACUUAUCUCGGCCUCACCCUUUCAAUUCGACCUCUGGGACUGGUCCUUCGAAACAACGACGCCUCGAGGAAGCCAGAGCUCUCGCCCCUACCGCUAGCUCUGGGAGAGGUCAGAAGACCUCUCAAAGGCAGAAGGUCAAAACUCCAAGUCGAUCAACUGGGGGACACGUUGGUCGAUUACGAGUGCCGAGAAAAAAAAUCCAGAUCGACGAGGAGACGAUCAUCAUGCCUCCUUGUUCCCUCGUGACCGCGGCCAAGGCCACGACCAUCACGUCGUACCUGGCCAACAUCUUUCCCACAGCUGACUCAAACCGAUGGGGAAUGAUAGGAAGAAACGGGCUAAAGAUGUGGCCCGUGGACUUGGGCAGUGUAUUGAGCAUUCGUCUUCUAACUGUUUUGGUGGGUCUUGUGCCCAUGCUGAAUGAGGACUUGUCCGAGCAGAAUGGCAACGCCGAGCUGCUCGCCUCUCCUGCUUGGUGGAGCGAUACUUUGACUAAGGGUCUGCUGCGAGCUAAUGUGGCUCAAUACUUCGCCUUGCCAGCUCUUGUGCUUGCACGCGAAUCACCCUCUGAUGCGCAAGUUCAGGUCACCUCUUUCUCUAUUCCUCCACUAGUGGGGCCCAAUGCCGAGGCUGCUAUUGAUCCCGAUGCGCGCCUACCUCCUCCAUAA